UUUCCGGCUCCACUCCUUCGUCCUCCUCCUCGGAACCGCCCCCUCUCGCCUCCAUCUCCUCCCCACCCCACUCCACGAGCCGGACAAGCCACGCACACAAAAACCUCUCUUCGUUCACCGGAGAUCGAUCACUCAUACACACGCGCGUGUUCGUCGGUCGCUGUACCUCGACCGAUCGAUCGACCGGGAGGGCCACACGUCAAUGGCGGACGCCGCCGGGAAGGCGCAGGCGGUCCGCGAGGUGUGCGCGGCGUCGGCGGCCUUCGCGUCCUGCCCGCACCGCCGCCGGUCACCGCGCCGCGCGCACUUCGUCGACUGGUACCUCGUUCUCGCCAUCGGCGAGGCCGCGUCGGAGGACGCUAUCAAGCGGCGCUUCCGGCACCUCGCGCUGCAGCUGCACCCGGACAAGAACAGGCACCCCAAGGCCGAGGUCGCCUUCAAGCUCGUGUCCGAGGCGCACGCGUGCCUGACGGACAAGGCGCGCCGGAGGGCCUUCGACGACGAGCGCGCCACGGCCUUCUGCACGGCAUGCCACGACCGGGCCACGGCCGCCACCACGCCCUGCGCUGCACCCACCAGGCGUCGCGCCAGCGACAGGAUGAGGACGCCGGCGUCCGCGCAGCAGCCGCCCGCACCGACGCAGGCGCUGCGGGAGUUGCAGAACCGGCUGCGGGAAGAGUGCCGGGUCAUCGACGGCUGCCUGCGCGCCAACACAGCCGGCGCGCGCAGGCGCCAGUCCUUCCCGCUCUUCGACCCGUCCGACCGGCAGCGCUUCCCCGACUACCCGCACGCCCGGCCACCACCGUCGUUCGCCGGGUGCCGGCAGUUCGAGGAGGAGGAGCUCGGCGCCGGCCGGGACCACCAGAGCUGGUGCAGAGACAGCAGCUGCGAGUCGCCGGUGUUCCAGGUCAGGACCGCGCCGGAGCGCGCUGCGAGGCCGAAGCACACUUGGUGACGAUGUGCUCACAGCCCCAGUGAUUUAACUUAGCCACAUUCUCAUUUUGAAGUCCCUCGCGUUUUACACAAUAGACCUCACAUCUUUAUUCAUGUCCCCCCUCCCUCUCUCAAAGGUUACUCCCUUCACAUAACUACAUUUUAUUUUCA